AGAUUUAUGAUAUACCUGUCCUGAGGUCACACAGUUUAGGGACCUGGAAUUGGUGUACAAAUCUGACUGCUAAACUCAGGCCUUCACCAUUACUCCUUUCUCACUGACAUCUAGAAGCCUUGAGACUUCAGACGAGAGGCUUGACUUUAGGCAACUGGCAGAACACAGUACUUACUGCUACACUGGUCAGUAAAUCCUAGAUAUAGUGGGGGUAAGUGCCUGCCAUGAGGUCGGAAAACGGAGUUUUAGUACCUGCAUUCAGCACACAGGAUUUGAUUGGACAUCUGAGAUUUGUAUUCUUCCUCAGAUCCAUUUUGGGUAGAAGGUGCAGUUUAGCGUUGCUUCAAAUGCCCUUUAAUCUGUCUAAAUUAUGGAAAUCAGUAGUGAGUACCGAUCAUGCUGCCAGUAAGAGUUCAGGGGCAGGGGAGAUGCUGUGCACAUGGAAGUAGUGCCUUGGGCCAAACCACAGAACAGAAAAUUGGAACAGAAUUAUAUAAAUCAAGGUCAGAAAUUUCCUGUUCAACCCACAGGGUGGAGUUUUCUCCAUUCCUAUCCAUCCUACUGAAUAUAAACCCUGAUUUGAUGUCAGUAACUGGAAGGAGCAGCUGGUAGGACUCAUUUCAGCGCUCAGCAUUCAUCAUGAAUGUCAAGGUAGUCCUCGUGUUCCUGGCAUUGUCCCUCAUUACCGUCUUUGCCCUGGCCUAUGUCUUGCUGUCCAGCCAAGGGGGCUCCAGCCAGCCUCCCCACUGCCCCUCUGUAUCCCACCGUGCCCAGCACUGGACACACCCUGGCCAGAGCCAGCUGUUUGCAGACCUGAGCCGAGAGGAGCUGACGGCUGUGAUGAGCUUUCUGACCCAGCAGCUGGGGCCAGGCCUGGUGGAUGCAGCCCAGGCCCGCCCAUCAGACAACUGCGUCUUCUCAGUGGAGCUACAGCUGCCUCCCAAGGCUGCAGCCCUGGCCCAUCUGGACUGGGGGAGCCCCCCACCUGCCCGGGAGGCACUGGCCAUCAUCUUCUUUGGUGGACAACCCCAGCCCAACGUGACUGAGCUGGUGGUGGGACCGCUGCCCCACCCCUCCUACAUGCGAGAUGUGACCGUGGAGCGUCACGGGGGCCCCCUGCCCUAUCACCGACGUCCCAUGCUAGGAACUGAGUUUGCCCAAAUGUGGAAGCAUUUGAAAGAGGUGGAGCUACCUAAGGCACCGGUCUUCCUUGCUUCAGUCUUCAACUACAAUGGCUCCACUUUGGCACCUCUGCAGGCCACUCCUAGUGGCUUGCGCUCAGGGGACCGUACUACCUGGAUAGCCCUCCACCAUAACAUCUCAGGUGUGGGGAUUUUCCUUCACCCAGUGGGGCUGGAGUUACUGCUGGACCACAGGGCCCUGGACCCUGCCAACUGGGCUGUCCAGCGGGUCUUCUAUCUUGGGCGCUACUAUGCAGACUUGGGCCAGUUGGAACGGGAGUUUAAGGCUGGCCGGCUGGAAGUGGUUCGAGUUCCUCUGCCCCUGCCAAAUGGUGCUUCAUCCCUGAGGUCCCGGGUCUCCCCAGGUCCUCUUCCCCCUCUUCAGUUGUCACCCCAGGCCUCCCAAUACAGUGUACAAGGGAAACUGGUGGUGUCCUCCCUCUGGACAUUUACCUUUGGCCAUGGAGUGUUCAGUGGCAUGAGGAUUUUUGAUAUUCGGUUCAAGGGCGAGCGAGUGGCCUAUGAAGUCAGUGUCCAGGAGUGUGUAUCUAUCUAUGGUGCUGAUUCACCCAAGACAAUGAUGACCCGAUACUUGGAUAGCAGCUAUGGACUUGGCCGUAACAGCCGGGGCUUGGUGCGGGGUGUGGACUGCCCCUAUCAAUCUACAAUGGUGGAUAUCCAUGUAUUAGUGGGCCAAGGGGCAGUCCAGCUGCUCCCAGGGGCUGUGUGUAUUUUUGAGGAGGCCCAAGGACUGCCCCUUCGAAGGCACUACAAUCACCUUCAGAGUCAUUUCUACGGUGGUUUGGCUGGUUCAGCUCUUGUAGUCAGGUCUGUGUCAUCUGUAGGCAACUAUGACUACAUUUGGGACUUUGUAUUUUACCCAAAUGGGGUGCUUGAAGGGCGGGUCCAUGCCACAGGCUUUGUCAACACAGCUUUCCUGAGUGGGGGAGAGGAAAGCCUCCUCUUUGGGAAUCGUGUGGGGGAACGAGUGCUGGGGACAGUGCACACGCAUGCCUUCCACUUCAAGCUGGACCUGGACGUAGCAGGGCUGAAAAACUGGGUGGUAGCUGAAGACGUGGUGUUUAAACCUGUGGCAGCCCCUUGGAGUCCAGAGCACCAACUUCAGCGUCCACAGCUGAUUCGGCAGGUCCUGGAAAGGGAGGACCUGACAGCUUUUCCCUUGGGAAAUCCCCUUCCUCGAUACCUUUACCUGGCUGGCAACCAGACUAAUGCCUGGGGUCACCAGCGCGGGUACCGAAUCCAGAUUCACGGCCCCCUUGGCAUACACAUGCCCCUGGAGAGCGACAUGGAGAAGGCCCUCAGCUGGGGGAGAUACCAGCUCGCGGUGACCCGGAGGAAAGAGGAGGAGUCACAGAGCAGCAGCAUCUAUUACCAGAAUGACAUUUGGACACCCACUAUUGCCUUUGCUGACUUCAUCAAUAAUGAGACUCUCUUAGGAGAGGACCUGGUGGCCUGGGUUACAGCCAGCUUCCUGCACAUCCCCCAUGCUGAGGAUGUCCCCAACACAGUUACUGUGGGGAACAGAGUUGGCUUCUUGCUCCGACCCUAUAACUUCUUUGAUGAGGACCCCUCCAUCUUCUCCCCUGGCAGCGUCUACUUUGAGAAGGGCCAGGAUGCUGGGCUCUGCAAUGUCAACCCUGUGGCCUGCAUCCCCCACCUGGCAGCCUGUGUCCCAGAAUUGCCUCCUUUCUCUUACCAAGACUUUUAA